AGGAGAGGAAGAGGGAGAGGAGGAGGAGGAGGAAGAAGAAGAGGAAGAAAAGGAAGAAGAAGAGGAAGAAGGGUAGGGAGAAUGCUGGUGGUAACCCCACCCCAAAGGGGAAAGUCUUUGCAUGGAGGAGGAGGAGGAGGAGGAGAGAUGGUGACAGGUGCCUUGGGAGCUGCUGGUGCUGCUGCUGCUGGUAGUGGCACCGGAGGAGGACUGACCCAGAGGUCCUCCCCUGCCCCUUGAGGGAGCCCUGCCUGGAGAGCCUGCCCUGGCAGCAGCAGCAGGAGAAGGAGCAGGAGCACCUGGCGCCAUGGGCUCCCCCCUGGCGCACCUCUUCCAGGGCACCUUCGCCCACUCCACCGCCGCCUCUCCGCUGGAGAUCCGGACCGGGCACCUGCUGGGCGUCCUCCAGAGCGGGAAGAUUGCAUUUUUGGAACCAGCUGAUGAACAAGAGAAACUGGCAAAGAAGUGGGGAUUCAAGCCAUCUGACAUACGAGAACUAAAUAAUAAUGAAUUUUUCAUGCCAGGUUUGGUGGAUGCACAUAUCCAUGCCCCACAAUAUUCUUUUGCUGGAACACGAGUAGACUUGCCUCUUCUUCAGUGGUUAAAAAAAUACACUUAUCCAAGGGAGGCCCAAUGUGAAGACAUUAAUUUUGCUGCAGAGGUGUACACUAGAGCUGUGAGGCGAACACUGAAGAACGGUACAACUACAGCCUGCUACUUUGCAACAAUUCACACAGAUGCCUCUUUGCUCCUUGCUGAUAUUAUAGAUAAAUUUGGCCAAAGGGCAUUAGUGGGCAAAGUUUGCAUGGAUCACAAUGAAUGUUUUCCAGAAUAUAAGGAGGCUACCACAGAAUCUAUCAAGGAAACUGAAAGAUUUGUUAGAGGAGUACUGGAGAAAAAAUAUCCAAGAGUAUAUCCCAUAAUAACACCUCGUUUUGGCCCAUCGUGCACAGAGGAAUUACUUCGUAGCCUUGGUAACCUGGCAGAGGCUCAAGACAUUCAUGUACAGAGCCACAUAAGUGAAUGUGAAGAAGAGGUCCAUCUGAUAAAAAAUAUGUUUCCUUCAUAUCAAAAUUAUACUGAACUGUAUGAUAAAAACAAGCUUCUUACAAACAAGACCAUAAUGGCUCAUGGCUGUCAUCUGUCUGAUGAAGAACUGAAAAUGUUUCAUCUUAGAGGAGCUGCCAUUGCACAUUGCCCAAAUUCAAAUAUAUCACUAUGUAGCGGGCUUUUUAAUGUAAAAAAUGUUCUGAAACAUGAUGUGAAACUCGGGCUUGGCACAGAUGUUGCUGGUGGGUACUCAGCUUCCAUGCUUGAUGCUAUCAGAAAGGCACUUAUGGUUUCUAAUAUCCUUCAUAUUACUCGAGAAAAUGAAGCAGCCUUAACCCUGAAGGAUGUUUUUCGACUAGCAACCCUUGGAGGGAGUGAAGCUCUAGGACUAGAUACUGUGACUGGAAACUUUGAGGUUGGCAAAGAAUUUGAUGCACUGCUAAUCAACACCAAAGCUUCAGACAGUCCCUUUGAUUUGUUUGCUGCUGAUGGUCCUGAGGAUAUUAUCCAGAAAUUCCUGUAUCUGGGUGAUGACAGGAAUAUUGAAGAAGUUUAUGUGGCUGGCAAACUGGUGGUUCCGUUUUCAAGUUCUGUAUAAAAUUAGCUCCCCUUUCAAAAGAAAAAGAAAAAAAGCUCCGCUGAUAAUUCUGUGAUUUGAAAGAAGUGGGUGAAAAAUGCUGUGCCUUGUUGUGAUGCUAUGCUCACUUUGCUUAGUUUGUUUCUGAUUUUCAGGAAGAGAUUGAAGAUCUCAUCAGUAUUAUGCCAAAAAUGUUUUCACUUGUACAAAAAAAAAGGGAAGCAACAAUGUUUAAAGUAAAAGAACAAAAAUAUUGUGCAAUGAGGCCUUCUGCAUAAAGAAGAAGGUACAGAUACAAUAUCUCUAUACAGGGUUUGCCUUUACCUCCUUGAGCUACAAGAGUAAUAUUCUUAAAUCUUUAUGCCACAACAAAUCUACUGGGGAUUACAAUCCCUGAUGGAAAUCCAAAGCAGUUUUGUGUUGUGUGAAUGAUUUCCCCUCCCCUUCCCCACCUCACCCCCAUCCCCAUGGAGAUAAUGUGACACACCAGUGGGUCUCUAGACCCUUGAUAUAUCUUUUCAUGAAGUAGAAGAGGCUGCAGAAUUCAGGAGACUGGAAAUGUCAAUCACUAUUGAUUAAUAUUGCUUAAAUAUUUUUAUUAGUAAAAGUUAAACUUGUUAGAUAACAAUAGCAAGUACUCAGGGAAUAUUAGUUGGAGGGGAAUAUGAGAGACAAAGAGCAGAGAAUAUUCAGCAGAGAUGUAAUAUUUUCCCAGUUUUUAUAAACACUUCUUGCACUUUAGUAACAUUUUUUUCAUGCCUCCUAGGAGGUUCAAAGGCCAACAGAGAGAUCACAUUCUAGAUACCGUAUAUACUUGUCUAUAAAUCUAAAAAUUUUGCCCAAAAAUUGACCCCAAAAUCCUAGGUCAAUUUAUUUAUGGGUCAAUAUGGUAAUGUGAUAGCAGCUCUUUUAGAUUUCCCCAUGCAGUUUUUUUUCUGUCCUGAGCCAAGCAGACAGAGUCCUUGGUGACUGAUUGCUGUUUGUUUAACAGUCCCUCUCCCACCCACGCACUUCGCUGUCUUGGGUUGAAACACUGAAGCCUUGUACUGAUUGUAUGCUUUCCUCUUGCCACUCGCAUACACACACUGAAGGAGCCUCCAAGUUUUACACUCAACCUAUCAACAGGUCAUGUCAGAAUUCAUAAUUUUGGCCGCAAAACUUUCCCUCGACUUAUACAUGAGAUCGAUUUAUAGCUGAGUAUAUCCGGUAGUUGUAGUUUUAAACACUGAAGUAUUCUUUGCAACACUUGUGAAUAUAAGUGUUGUUUCAAUAAACCUUUACAGCAUACACUGCCCAGGUUCCAAAUGGCUUUGGAUCUAAGUUCUUGCUUCAUUGUAGUCUGAAGCAAUAGACUAAGUCUGAUUUGAGGCUGUUGAGGAGAAGUCUCCCUCUGUCUUCUUCAGACAACAUAUUUUGGUAUCGUUGCUGUCAUUAAAAGACAGCUAGUGAUCACCUGUUUUUAGAACAGCAUUUCCCCCAUGGGAGCAUUGUUUGAGGGUUGUACUGUAUCUUAGAUAUCAGAAUGUCUUGAGCUAAUCCAGCUGCAGUGUCAAGGCACACUGCAUAAUCUAGCAUCAGUUUAAUAGGCUAUUACAAUAGAAAAACUAUUGGAAACAAAAGUACAGUUACAUGAUCAGUGGUAGUUUAGUUUCCUUUUUUUAAAAAGUAGUAGUUUAGUAUAAAACAUCUGAGUUGGUAACACAGUGCUGUAUUACAAGUGUUCACCUGAAUCAAGUUUUAAGGACCAAAUUAGAUGUGGCAUCACCCUAAUGCUUAGCCACUUUGUUAUAUUUCUUCUUUGCAAACUAUUCCCCCCGUGUUUUUCUCCCCAUGGGAGUUUUAAAUGCUUAUUUUCUUUCCUUUAAACACACAGAAGAAGGAAAGCAGCUAGAGAGGGAAAGAUCUGGAGCAUGCAAGCAACCAGAAACAAACAAAACAAGCUUUAGUUUGCUGCUUUGAAUUGUCCCUCUGGAAAUAGCUUUUCCAGAUUCAAGCGUCUCGGGAUAAUGAUAUCUACAUUUGCAUGCAGCAUCUAAUUCAGCUACAUGAAGUGUGCUUUAGGAAAUAAUUAAGUGGCACACUAAUUGAUUCUACUUGUCCCUGAAAACUCAUUCUGAUAAGCCUCAUAGUUCUUUUUGGAGAGAGGAUCCAAUUCAUGGCAAAAGGCCAAGAUCCCUUCUUCCAUUUAAAUCUAGAUUUAUACUUUGAGUACUACUGUGUUUAGUCUAGUAUUAGGAAUCUGACCCUUGUAUAAAUUUCAAUUAUUUUAUGCUGUUGGAUUUUUCUUUAAAUGGAACAACUUGGAAGCAUAGUUCUAAAGUGAGAACAUUGAAAUGUGAAAUAUUUUGUAAAAGAUCUGAAAUUUUGGGCUACAUAAAGCUUUUAAAGCCAUACUGCUUCCAGAUAAUAGUUCCGCUGUAAGGCAGUAGUUAAAAUUAAAACACACUGAGUUAGGUUUCUGAUCUUGUCAUCAGCUGCAGUAUGAAUCUGUUUGUUAAAGGUGCCUCUGCCCUGUUUUCAGGGUGUUGAAGCAUUUUCUUUUGCACUCUGCAAUUUUCAGGGCGCUGAAGCAUUUUCAGGGUGCUGAAGGGGAUGCCAUGGGGAGGAAGGGCACAGAAAUUUCCUUCUAUCCCAGGUGCUUAUAUCUAAAUCUGACUGUAACCCAUCAGCAUGAAGUUGUGGCAUAGGCCCUUAAUCUCAGCAAUCCACCAAUACAUUUUCUGUCUUAUAGUCAGAAAGACUGUAGCUAUGUAUGUAUACUGUGUGGGAAGAAUUCCUCUGGGGAAAAGCCUUCCUCUCCCACCUGGACUUGCCAUAUUUCUCAGAACGUGGAUAAAUAUUCUCUGGAGCUCAAAGACCCUGAAUCAUUAGGAGGCAAGGGAAAUGAGUCAAACAUGAUGGGAAAAGGGACUGAAUUAGGGAAGACCGGGGGGGGGGGAUGAGGAAAGGGCUUCUCAAGUACCCCAAAACCCUGACAAGGAGAAUCUUCCUCAAGCCCCUGUCUCAAGGGUUCCCCCACUCCUCAAAUAGACUGAAAGACUUCUCCUACUCCACUAGCCCAGACUCACAUUUUCCUCCCCCGCCCAAAGCUGGAGAGGGGCAACACAGCAAUCAGUAUCAUUGUGGGCUGCGUUCUAAUUGCCAGCACAUAAGAAUGGCAUCUGCAUUACUGUGAACCAGCUACCAAAACACAGACAGCAAGAACAAUCCUUUCUAGGUGCCCCCCAACAUUUUAAAACCCGUUUUAAAAGACCAAUUGUCAAAGGUUAUAAUCUCCCUAAUCCUUACCUGGUUUCUGCACCCUACCUUAGUGAUGUCAUGCAGGGGGCAAGGUGGGCCCAAGAGGAUCAUGGAAGAAAGGCUAUAGUCUUCCUGAUCCUUGUUCAUCUCCUUCCUGAUGUUGGGCAGGAGGAGGUGAAAGAAGAUUGUGUAAGGGCCACUAUAAUUUCACCAGUCCUUGCUCUUCUCCUCUCUAUCCACUUGAUGUAGCUUGGGGGCAGGUGGAGGAGAGCCGAGAAGAUCAUGGAAGGCUGUAGCUUUCCCAUCCUCACUUAGCUUUCCCUCAGCUCGGCCUGAAGUCUUUUUUCCCCCUGUGAUAUCUUUUUUAAAACUGAAUAGUUUUUGAAGACCUCUGGAAAUGGAAAAAAUGUAUGAAAUUAUUCAUUCUCUCUUUUGGAAAAAAUAAUUCAACACAGUAUAUCCUUAUCUUGAACAGAGCAUCUUGGGAAGGAUGCAUGCCUUCUAUUGAGCCUUACAACUUUCCCCAUAUUUGCAAGGCAACUUGCAAUUUUUAGGAUAACUACUCUUGUGCAAUGAUGCUCUGGGCAAUUCUCAUUAGAAAACCAGGGUGUCCUCAAUAGCAUUAAUAAUUGUGUAGGCAAAGCUGAAGACACAAAGACUAAGGUGUAUGUUAGUCACAAGGUACAGCAAACAGAACUGUACUGAUGUAGCCAAGGAUCUGUCACUAAACACCUCAAAUGGGGAACAAAGCCUUAGGAAAUAUAAAUGGUUAAAAGCCUUGCUUUAUCCAACACUUUCAUUGUCAGAAGUCCUGAUACUGGAUGUGUCUCCCCAUUCUCAUCCCUUCAAUUUAUGUUUUAUGUCAGCAUGCAAUUUAGGGAAAAAAAGAGAAGAUAGAUGAUAGAAAUACAGCUCAUUGAAAAAAGCUGAAAUGUGCACAUUGUGGAAAAUAGCCUUUUUACAAAUAGAGUUUACUUAAAUUUAUUAAAUUGUGUUUUAUCUAAUAUGCCAGUUGUUAACCUUAUGUUUGAAUAAUGAAACUCACAAUAUAGCCUGUGCUUUGCACAGUUAUUUGAAUGAUUCCUAUAUAAAUGGCAGGUAGAAUUCUGCACUUUAAAAUGUUGCCAAGACUUUAUGACAAUGUUCUGUAAUAUUUGGAAGCAGAUGGCUUAGGAAACUAAGCAGAGAGGCUGCACUUUAUUUUCUUUUACCAAAUACUUUUCAAGUUCACUGAGCCUGUACAUUUUUGCUGCUAAUCAAGAUGGAAACAAAAUGGGCUUGCACUUCAGAUUUGUAACCUAGAGUUACUGAUCCAUAACUGCCCUGCAUUUAGCAAGACUGUAUAUUCAUGCUCAUGGCACUAUUGCCACAAUCAUAAAUGUCCCCAGCCAGCAGCAAUGCUGAGUGAUGGAGGUCUGUUAAUCUUUAUUUUGGGCAUAGCAGGAUGGCAUUUCAGCUCCCUCUCGCCAGUGAGUGAAGCUGUGACAAUCAGAAGCAGACCUCCUCUAACAAUUCCUCAUUGAGCCUCAUUUGCUGGUGGAAGGAGGCUGGAAAUGUCAUCCUUCUGAGCCCUGGUCGCCUGCUAAACAGACUGCCAUCUCUUAGUUCAGCAGCUGUCUGUUAAGGUAGGUUUGGGGUAGGUUGGGCCAGGAGACAUUACUUGGGAGAUUAGUGCACUCUCUUUUAAUGUGCCUUACCCCCGACAGCAUAAAGACACAUUUUUUUAAAAAUGGGUUUUAUCGCAUUUGCCCAUGGCUGGGCAAAUGCAUCCCGGAUACCAGCCGGGCUUAUUCUGCAGCCUUUCAUGAACAGGAUUUUCCUGUUCGUGAAAAGGAACGGGAUAAGCCUGGCUGGCAUCCAGGCUGUAAAUAGUACAUUUUUGCUGCUAAUCAAGAGCAUGGCUGAAUGCGAUAAAAGCCAUUUUAAAAAUAAAUGCACCUUGAUUCUGUUGGGGAUAAGGAACAUUAAAAGACUGUGCUAAUUUCCUUAAUUAUACAUUCAUAACUCAGUAGGUGAUGUAGGAUAUCAGUGAUAGUUCUUCACUCUCUUGGUUUCCAGCAAAAAUGUAAAGCUCCAAUUUGUGGAAAAGUAAUCAAAACCCUAAACAAAACAAACAAACAAACAAAAACAAACAAACAAGGGAAGUAUAACGUGUUGACCGAAAUUUGGCUGCAUUGUAUUUGCUUAAUGGAGACCACAAUAUUCAGGUAUUCAUUCAGGUUUGUAUGUGCCACAUGCCCAGUUCUGGAAAGCCAUAACAAAUGUUCUCCAAUUAGCAGUGACUUGUUUGGAGUAAGAGUGCAAAAGUGGCAUAUGAAUACUGCUAACUUUUUCUUCCCAGGGGACAGACAGUAGCCAUUUUGACUUUGUGCAGUUUCUUCCUUACAUGUAACGGUCUCCACUGUGAAGGAAUCUCACUUAAUUGGUAUUAAAGCAACUUGCCUAAUUUUUCCUGUGACCAGGGUGUUUUGCCUAGCUUUACAGCCAGGGAAAACAAUACUAAAGGUAUGGUAAUUUUAACUUUUUGUAUAUUUAAAUUGACUCAUGUGUGUGCAACAGCUGUUUUGUUUAUGCUGCUAAUAGAUUUGGAAGACUGCUGGGAUUUUGAUGUUUCUGGUCCUGGGGAAUGGAGAUUUUGGGCCAUUCUCUUCAGGAUAUGCUGCAAUUAAUUGUGAGGUGAACAAUGCUUUGAUUUCAGUUUACAGAAAGUUAAAGUCACUUUAAAAAUAAGCAUCCUGAAAUAAUUUUUCCCAGUCUUAAUUUUCUUUUCUUUCUUUUCUUUAAUUCUUCAAGAGAAGAAAUGCAUCUGGAAUUGUGAUUAUUGCUCUGUGUUCUGACUGCUUUGUUGUCAGUUAUGCUAAAUAAGCACCUUUUUGCUGAUGAAAUUAAAUAAAGAGGUGAUGUUUACAUUA